GACCUGCGGAAAAGUUAGCGUGUCCAAUGUCCAUACUAAUAUAUAUUGGCAAGUCUUACUACUGUACCGAUACUACCGAUCUGAUAGAUAGGCCUAUUUAAGUUAAUAUGCCGAGAUUCAAGAAAACAAAUAAAUCUUUGCUAAAGACAAUUCCAAUGGACGAAGUUGCGUUAGACCUCAGUUCACCUGACUCUCUCUUUCAAUCACUUAUCCAGCAUUCAUGUUCAAUUGAACGCUUCUACGAAUAUUACUGGGAACAACGUCAUCUCUACAUUCCGUGCUUAAAAUCAGGGAGUGGGGACAAUUGCCAAGAUAAGCGACUUCCAGGGACAAGAUCUUCUUACUUUAACAAACUGUUUAAUCAUGAAAUAUUAAAAGAAGUCGUACUGAGCAAGAAACUUAAGUACGACAAAGAUAUUUGUGCAUGUCGAUUUGAUGAUGAGAAGAAGUGUCGGGUAAAUGCUGAAGUACAUGGACCUGUCACAGCUGAAAAAGUUCACAGUUUAUUCCAUGAUGAUAAAAUGACGUUACAAUUUCACCAACCCCAGAGAUUUCACGAUGAGUUAUGGAAAAUACAAGAAAAACUUGAAAGUUUUUUUGGCUCUCAAGUCGGCUCCAACGUUUAUAUGACACCGGAUGGUUCUCAAGGUUUGGCUCCCCACCAUGAUAAUGUAGAGGUAUUUAUCCUUCAGCUGGAAGGAGAGAAGGAAUGGAAAUUAUAUUCACCUGUUGUAAAUUUACCGAGAAACUCAAGUUCUGAUUUUGACGAUAGCACAGUUAAGGGACUUACCCUCCUUGACACCAUUAUAAUGAAACCAGGAGAUGUUUUGUAUUUUCCAAGAGGAACCGUUCACCAAGCUAAAUCUAUCAAAGGUACAGGUCACUCCACACAUUUAACAAUAAGCACAUAUGAAACUCAAUGUUGGGGAGACUACAUAUUGGACUUUAUUCCAUAUCUGACAGAUGCUGCUGCAGAUAAAGUAGUUUCAUUAAGACGAGGCUUACCUCGGAAGUAUUACAACCAGACUUCUACUGAUGGUUUUAAACAAAAUUUGAAAAAGGCCCUAAUUAGUUUGGCCGAAUCUUUAACUGAAAGUACUGAUGUUGAAAUGAGCGAUUCAAUUGUUUGUAACUUUUUUGCAAAUAGACUUCCUCCAUUUGGAUCUGUGCAAGAACAACUAGGCAAAAAUCCAACACUCAGUUCAAUGGUUCGCCUUUCGUACCCUGACCAUGUCUUAAUAUCAAGAGGAAAAGGUCAAUAUCAUGCGGAGGAUACUUUGGAAGAAGAUGAUAAUGAUCUUGAAUCAGAUGAAGAGGGAGAUAAAGAAGACUCUGAGAAGAUGGAGGUUUAUGUUUAUUACUCCACCAGGAACAGGAGGAUCACUCAUAUGAUGGAGGAAGAGGAAAAGCCCAAAGGAUUGCGAUUUGCUGCGGAGUGUUGGGGUGGUCUCACCACUCUUAAAAAGUCUGAAUCUGAUUUCGUUAAAGUUUCCGACCUCAAUCUUCCCAUGCAUGUUGGCUUGGACAUGCUUGUUGCUCUGUGGGCAGAGGGGUUGCUUGAAUGCAAAAAUGACAAUUAACAUAAAAACAUAUUGUUUUGGUUGCUCAAAAUUUUUAAUUAAGCUCAUUUUACUGCAAGUAACUGAAAACUCUUUUUACCAAAGUCAUUUUGCUUGAUGCCAACUUUCUAUUAAUACCAUUACUGUUUUAAUACCCUUUUUCAUUUUAAACAUUUUCGGUUCCUAUUUUUCUUAAAUUUGUCAAUGCUGCUAUCAUUUUUUUAUGAUGUUGUUUUUGUUUCUUCCAGGUGGUGUACGGUGUAGGAUAUAAAAAGUUUAAAAAUUAAAAUGGCAGCAACUGUGGCCAGUAGCUCUGAACGAUUUCUUUGCAUUUAUCCAGCUUAUCUGAACAGUAAAAAAACUCUGGCUGAAGGUCGACGAAUUCCAAAGAAAAGUGCAUGUGAAAAUCCAACUUUCGGAGAAAUUAAAGACGUUUGCAUCGCUGCAGGCCUCAAACCUUUGGUUGAAAACAAAUUUUAUCCUCGUGAGCUUUAUAAAAGUGAUGCUGCCUCAAGAGGAAGAGUGAGAGUGCAGUUAAAGAACGAAGACGGUUCUCUGGUUGAUCCUCGUUUUCCCAACAAGAAAACAUUGCUUCUACAUGUUGGAGAAAUGAUUCCGAAGUUAAAAGCUCGCACUAGCAAAGGAGGGUCGGGAGAUGGGUCUCAAACAUCCAGUCAGGCCGGAC